UUGGCUCCACUUCUAGACUUUUCUAGUGUGGCUCUAUUCUUUUUUGUUUCAAUCAUUUCUUGGAUGAUCCACUAUGCUUUUCUUGAUUGUAUCAAUCCAUUAUAUAUUCAGCAAUCAAACUUAAAAUUUAAACAGAAGAGUAGAAAGGAAAUAAUGAGCCUUCUGUGUUCUCUGUACAGGAAGAGUGGAAGACUGUAAAACAAUGUAAUCUUUAUGGAAAUUUGACCUCCCAAACUAAUCCAUUGGUUACCCCAUUUCUAUAUCCGGCAAAGAAUUUACAGUGCGCUCAUACUAAUGACCAGACUUGGGUAAAAUACUAACUUACAAAAUAUUCAGCAUUCUAAUGUUUCAAUCUAAGUUAUACAGUACUACAUCAUACUAAUGAUUAGACUUGGGUAAAACACUAACUUACAAAGUAUUCAGCAUUCUAAUGUUUCUGUUUUUGAGAAAGCAUGAAAGCCGCAUGUUUCAUUCCAUUGAAAAGUUAGGAAGAGACGCAGUACGCCCCAAAUGGGCCAAAAAAGAAAACGAUUACAGACUGACCUGUGGGCUUCCAGAAAUGAGAGGUGGUAUGUGAUUACGUUUGUAUCAACACUAGAAAACUUCAAAAUCAGUAGUAAACAGGAUUUGUUCGCAUCCAUACCUCUCAGUUCCAGAACAGAAUCAUUUGGCUGGCAAAAGAAGCAAUAGCCUGAAAAGGAAAAACAACCUAUUGGGAUGCUAAACCUCACCAAAAAGAACUCAUUGAUGUUUGAGAAUCAAUUAGUCUACCAAAAAGAAAUAGCAUUAUAUGAAAAACAUGGGGAUAAAAUGUUGCACAAAUGAAAAGUUCUGUGUUCCUUGUGCGUUGUAUCUUGUUUUCCAAUACCUAAAAAUGUUAGCUCUAAACCACGAGUAUCCAACAAAAGAAAACAUGCCUGAUUAAAUGAAGAACAUGCGGUAGCCAGCAGCAUUCCACUAGACAACAGCUUGAGCAUGCAAUUGUCUCAGGAUCCACCACCAAACUACACCAUUCAUUAUCAGCCCUUGCUGCCAAUAAGUGGAACAUGAUAAUGUGAUGGUUCAUCUCGAGGACAGCAGACAUAAUAAAAAACUGUAGUGAACAUGAGAAGACUUUAGUGUUAUGAUCUCUAUGCUUCUGCCAGAUCUCAAGGCAUAGCAGACAGCAUCUGGGAGAUGUAAUGGCAUGAUUCUUCAUGUCUACCAAUCAGAUGCUACAUCACUGCUGUACACUUCUUCUGUAUAAAUAGACGGCAGCAGAACUGUACAUACAUCAAACAAGAAGCUCUUCUUUUCUGCUUCUCCUCCUCUCAUCAACCACAGUACAGAGAAAAGCAUCAAGCUCAGAGAUGGCUUUCCACCUAAGAUCGAUAAGUUUGCCUUCUAGGCCUCACGUCAGUGAGACCGAAGUCGAGCAAGAACUCCACAGCCUGGAAGCAAGCAUCUCUUCCUCCAAUUCCAUCAGCACGAUGGGCGAUGGUCUCAGGAGUCUUGCAAACAUCUACGAUGCUCUUGAAGAGAUUAUUUGCCUACCAAGCAACCAAGUUUGCUCCUCCCAGCAGAGGAACAUGUUGGAUGGUGAAAUUGAAGGUUCUCUCGAGCUGCUAGAUCUCUGCAGCUCCAUGCAAGAGAUCUUCGUCGAGAUGAAAGGUAUCAUCCAGCAGCUGCAAGUGUCUCUAAGGAAAGGCGAGGAUGCAGCCUCUCAAACCAAGAUCCAAUCAUACACCCGCUUGGCAAAGAAGGCCAAGAAACAUUUCAAGAAGACCGCGAAGAAGGCUCCUGCAGCUUGCAGGAUAGUCAUGCUGUUAGCCAAGGCCAGAGAGAUCUCUGUCUUUCUGCUGGAGUCCACACUCCAUCUCUUGUCGAAGCAAAUCGAAAUGCCUAAACAGUCUCUUGUUUCCAAGGCAUUUCACAAGAAGGCAGCUGUUUGCAAGGAGGAGCAAUUGUCAGGGCUAGAGUGCAGUAUCGGAGAUCUCGAGAGCGGAGUAGGACAUCUGUUCAGGAAAUUAGUCCAGAGCAGAGUUUCUCUACUCAACAUCCUUAGCUCGUAGAUACUCCCAAGUCACUCUUGAUACUCUGAUUGGCAUCCGCCUUUUAAGGAAUAGCUGAUCUUCAUACAG